CCCCUAAAAGCGGUUGCGCUUAUGUUCACAUGGUAACUCGCGAGUUCCGCGGGAAGUUAGUCGCUGAAAGUGGCGCGAAUGGCAGUCAACAGCGAAACGACUGAACAACCAACUUUCGGCAUAUCGUAGUAGUAAAGCGACGGAGCUCUAAGCGACUAAUCGCGGUUUUUGUUGUCCAGCGUUCAAAAAAACCAAUUAUAGAACAUUCCUUGGAACGAAGUGCGUUGCUCGUCUGGUCUUUCUCCACUUUCAAGGCGCCACAGUGGCGUGUUUGAAGCCCUCGUCCAAUGAUCGCGCGCGAGCGACGAUCCGCUCGAUCGCCGGAAACUUCAGACCGGUAAUGGCGUCGGUGCGAGAAGGAAGUAUACUCGUGUGGCCGCAACAUCCUGACGAUAUUCCGCAGGAAGAGACGAUGGAUACGAACAGUCAAGUGCAUUACGAUGAUCCUCAAUUCGCGAAAGUACUGGAGACUUGUUUGAAGAUGGAAAUUGUGGCGUGCAGGGAGAAGCUCCAAGCAAAUACAGCGACGAUAUUAAAAAUGAAGGCGAAGAUGCGCAGCGAGAUCGUCAGGAGGAAGAAGCUAAAGGAGAAGGUGCUGCACAUGCACAAGAUCAGGCAAAGAUUGAGCGAGACUUUAAUAAGAUUACGCAUAAGCAACGGCGAAACCACAGACAGACUGGAAGCUAUGAAAGCGAAUAUCGACGAUCAGUACAAAUUGAUGGAGCUGAAAACGCAGGAGUAUCGGGACAUCGUCGUGGAGUACAAGAACACGUGUAGCGCUUAUCACACUAUGUACGAGGAAUUCCCGCUGGCGAAGGCGAGAAACGCGGCCAAGAUCCAACUGAGGAAGCUCCAAAUCGCUACCAUGGUCGUGACUUACAAGAAAACGGAGAUGCUGACGAUUAUCAGGCAGAGGCAACGCAUCGAUUGGAUCCGUAUACGCUGCGAGAUAAUCGAGUUCAGCCACGUCAUGACGGAACGAUUGAAAUUUGAGGGAAAGCUAACGAGGUUGAAGAUGAACAUGGAUCGCCGUAAACGGGAGCUGCGGUCGCUCGAGAUGGAGGUGCAAGCGCAACGCAAGAGACUGGAGGAUCGGAAGAGGCUGCGCAAACAGAAGAUGUUGGAAAUGGCGCCACCGAAAAUCAACAUACCAUACCGGCAAAUGUACGCACAAGCUCAGCCGCACCCGCGAGAUCAGCACCAAUGGAUGCAAGCUACCGAGACUUUCGACGAUACCGUGUCCAUCAAUACCAUGGUCCUGGAGGCACUGUGCGUGAAUGAGACCACCAUAAUGUCGCCUGAGAUGAUAGACGCAGAGCCGAUGCAGGACAUGGCUCCUAAACACGUCGCCGUCCAGGCGAAAGAAGAUCCUAAUCCGAGGACUCCUGCCGUUCUCGAAAACACGGAUACGUACGAAGCUUCGAUAGCGCCGGUUGUCGAGGUGGACACGGCUGAAAGAACGACUUCAGCGAACAAUGACGCAGAAAUGAAAGAGACUCAUCGAGAGGAGACACGCCGGUCGCAGGAGCCUGCGAGAAUGCAGGAGAGCCCCCGUACAAAGAGGAACCUGCUGAAGCAUAGCGCUGGCGAGAGUACACAGAACGAGAUUGAAACGAAAAGAAUGCGACUUCAAAGCGAAGACAGUAAGGGAAGUAGUGGCAAUAGGAUAAACGUCCCUCGGUCCUCGGCCGUCGUCCGCGAGGACGACGAUGCAGAGUCGCACAAGUCCCCGUCGGCCCCGAAGAUUAGGAAAAUAGAAACGGUGCGCUACAACAUGACCUUGCUGCCGAAGCCAGCCGUUCGUCGGCCGAGCAUCGCAGCGAGCAGUAUACUAUCGCCGUCGCAUUACGAGUACUGCGAGAGCAACAUAAGCUCCAUCGAUCAGGAUUUCGCGAAAGGUGCAGCGGGUUCAUUAUACGAAGGGUCACUGUGCAAUUAUCGAUUAUCACCGGUCUCCAACAUGUCGUCUGUACAUUUCGAGAAAGAAGCAUCGACCGCUCCUGCACCUGCGAAGCCUUUGCAAAAGGAGGAUAAAAAUCAACGCGACGACAAUCUACCAUUAUUCCAGUUUAAUGACUUUAUAAAGAAGGCGAAAGGCAACUUUUUGUUUUAAGGGAACAAAAGGAGGAUCUCUCGUUUAGUUCUCGCGAUCAACGAUGAUAUUACAAUGUUCUACAUAACACACGUCAAUCAAGGUACAC